AUGUUCCACUCAACAUCUACUGUUGGUAUCAAUGGGUCUAAAAAUAUGGACUUUGUCAGCAAUAACCUAAGGGGUAUUCUAAAGAAAGUGGAUGCUAUACCCAACUUGAAUGAACUGAACAGUUAUAUUGGAAAAAUACGCAGGGAUGUUAUCGAGGAGGGCUACACUGCCCACUUGACCACUGCCGGGGUGAUAGGGGAUGUUUUCCCGGACGGGAGAGAAACUAAAGAAAUACUGGACAUUGCCGCCGGGACCGGGCUCGUUGCUGAUGAGCUGAAGAAGAUGGGAUUUCGUUUGAUCGACGCCCUUGAACCUUCUAAAGGAAUGCUAGAGCUGGCUGUAAAGAAAUACCGCAAUGUGUUCAACCAAGGACUGUCCAAAGACCCUUUACCUUUCCCCUCCGAUAAAUAUGACGCCAUUACUAUCUGCGGUUGGCAUGGAAGCGCCGGUCCCCUCGCAGACUCGCUAUCGGAAAUGACCCGAGUCGUCAAGCCAGGUGGCUACAUAUGUAUUGUGACGAGGAUGCACUACGUUCAGAACCUUGACGACUACAAGGAGACAUUCCUACCCGAGUGUAUAAAGUUGGAGGCGGACGGCAAGUGGAAACAGUUGGAGUUUAAAGGAUUCAUGGGCUACCCUUUCAACAACGAGGGCGUCAAGAUGGUGUUCAGGGUCUGCUAAAGGAUAUCUACAACGUACAAAUGACUGAUUCGUCCAUUCUAUUGUAAAUGUUUCAAAGACUUCUUUUAUAACCGUUGCAGCAAUACUAAUAUUGCGAUGCCCCACUCCUUCUUUAGCUAUUUUGUAAGUGUAUGGAGCUUGAUGGUUUAAUCGAGAUUCCUUUUUGGGUAUUAUGUGAAACAAAUCCUUUUAUCAACAACAUUGUUUUGCUAAAUUGUCGCAAACACUAUUUUCAAAUAACAAAUCAGAUAAAUUUGGUGUUGAAUGAUAUUUUGUUCCUUUUGAACGUCAUUUUGGAUAAUUCUACCUCUUAUUUGUCCGUGACAAAACGUGAAAGUAUUCGCUAUUGAAAAUCGAUGUGGCGACGACAAUGAAAAUUAUAAUAUGAAUCGUUUUGAAAUUUGAACCUUGAAUAAAGGCAAACUGAUAUCAGAACAAGGAAACAUAUAGAGGGUUUGUAAACAACAUUCUUAUAGAAAUGGACUUAAUGUCUUACGACGUACUGGAAUUGUAAAUGCCAAGUUUCAAUUAAUCUGAACUUAAUUAGGUACCAAUUCCACAUUAUAUUACAUUCAGGUUUAGUAUUAUUUAUGGUUAUUUUGAUUCUAUAAUCAGAUCCAACCUAAUCACGUCUGUAAGGAACUCAAUCUUCUACAAGUAAGAAUGCUACAGUAGGUGUUCAUAUCAUUGAUUGUACCUGGUGUGAAUAAGAGAAGAUGACACUUUUCAUAUAUUAUUACAAAUAUCGAAGAUGAACACCGUAUUAGAUAUUUUUUUCUUGAUUUGUCCAAAGACUGCCCCUGCUGUGGCCUUGGUUGAUAAAGCAUUGCGCUUUCCUGAGGGAGAGGCACGCUCUCGCAUAUGGCGGUUUUGGGGCAGAGGUGACCCAUAUUCUCAGGUUGUCCUAUUCGAGCGAUUGUCUCCGAUGAGUUGUUCUGUAGUGUCUCUCUGUGUAAGGAGAAUGUUCUCGUAUGUUUUAUUGCCCAUGUCAAUACCAUGGUAUUGCCCAUGUCAAUACCAUGGUUGUGUGUAAUGUUCAUGUUCUGUCUAACCGUAUCCUAUGUAAUUGGAAUAAAGUUAAAAUUGAACUAA